CAGUUACGACUUGAUCACACAGACGACUACACGAGACCCAGCGUGCAGCGGUGCUUGCCCAGCCAGCCCUUCGCCGCCGCCCGCAGUCCCUCACGUCUGCAGUAUUCCUUCCUUCCUGUGAAAGAAAACGCAGUAGCAGAACUGCAGAGCCGGCUCGCCGCUCGUGGGGAAGAGAUGGAGCACAGAAGAGUGAAGGAUCAGGAGAGUGAUGACGUAUCUCAGAAGGACAUAGAGAGCUUUGAUAGGAGAUCUCUUUCUAGCAAUACAGCAACUUCGAGUCUUAGCACUGCAGGAGGGCCGAAGGGCAAGGGUAGUUGGAAGCUAAAGUCUGUUGUUACACUGGCAUUGACAUUGCUAACAAGUUCCCAGGCAAUAUUGAUUGUAUGGUCGAAAAGAGCUGGAAAGUAUGAAUAUAGUAUCACAACAGCAAAUUUUUCGGUGGAAGCUUUGAAAUGUCUACUGUCACUUGUAGCCUUGUACGGGACAUGGAACAGUCAAGGUGUUACAGAAGAUAAUAGGUUAACUACAUCGUUUGAUGAAGUUAGAGUUUACCCCAUUCCUGCAAUGCUUUACCUGGUGAAGAACUUAUUGCAGUAUUAUAUCUUUGCAUAUGUGGAUGCGCCAGCUUACCAGAUUCUAAAGAAUUUGAACAUUAUCAGCACUGGUGUCCUGUACCGUAUAAUUCUCAAGAAAAGGUUAAGUGAAAUUCAGUGGGCUGCAUUUAUUCUUUUAUGUGCUGGCUGCACUACUGCUCAGCUCAGUCCCUCGUCAGAUCACGUUCUUCAGACCCCUAUUCAAGGUUGGGCGAUGGCAAUUGUGAUGGCUCUUCUAAGUGGUUUUGCAGGAGUAUAUACAGAAGUUAUCAUCAAGAAACGUCCUUCAAGAAAUAUCAAUGCGCAGAAUUUUUGGCUGUACAUAUUUGGGAUGCUCUUCAAUUUAGUUGCAAUUUGUGUCCAGGACUUCGAUGCUGUCAUGAACAAAGGCUUUUUCCAUGGCUACUCAUUUAUUACAGUUUUGAUGAUUCUUAACCAUGCUCUGAGUGGAAUUGCUGUAUCAAUGGUGAUGAAAUAUGCUGACAAUAUUGUCAAGGUUUACUCAACAUCAGUUGCAAUGCUUCUGACGGCAGGAAUAUCCGUCUUCUUAUUUGGCUUCCACCUGUCUCUUGCGUUCUUGCUUGGAUCCACGGUCGUUUCUAUCUCUGUGUACCUGCACUCAGUUGGGAAGCUGCAACAGCAGAAAUAGAGUUUUUCUUCCUGCACAGGGAGAAGAGAGUGUUUUUCUUCGAAUGUCCUACAAGAUCAGGCAGUUGGCGCUCUGUACAAUGGUUUUCUAGUAGCACUGUGAACAUCGUUGCGUCAUGAGGGAGAACAUGAGAUGGAAUGAACAAGAAUGAUAUGCAAUCAAGUUUUCGAAGGAGUAAGAAUUUGUAGCCAAACGAAGUGGGUAGCUAGUCAUGAAGGGUACUAAACUGAUGGUAGCCGUUGACAUAUGUUUGCUUCCCCGCAUGCGAUCAUCCUGCAUGGGUGGAUAUGUGACAUACAUAAAAACUGUGUGUCUAGUCUAUAUAGCAAUCUGGUGUUCUGGCCCCUGCACCACACCCGAUUUUGUUAGCACUAUUCAUCUUCCUCCUCUAGCUUGCGAGCGUGUUGCGGACGCUCCAAAUCAGACUAUGGGAGAUGGCUGAUGCUUUAAAUUGAGUGUUAGAUUGUUCCAAAACCCGUGUGUGGUAUAUAGCUUCUCCGUAAAAAAUAACCAAAAGUAUAUAUGGGUGGGUUGAUGAUA